UGAAAAAAGUCGUUAAGGAGACAGUGGAAAAAAGCAAGGGUAAGGCGAAGAUGGCGACAUCGGAUGACACCUGUGGGUCGGAGGAAGAGUCGGAAGCGUCGGGAGGCUUCGGGGGAAGUGAUGUCGAGGAGAUCAGCCUAAAGACGGGAGGACUGACGAUAUCGGGGAAGCAGGAGAAGAGAAAACGCAGCGCUGAGAAGAACGUGGGGAACAGCCCCCCAAUGAUGAUUCCAGCUAAGAGAACACCUAGACGCGCAUGUAAACCGGUGAAGUUGAUGGAGCGACUGAGACAUAGUGGCGGGAGGAUAUCGCCGAAGACGACGGCCAAGCGAACACCAAAACGGGGUACACCAAGAACGAGUAGUCAGCUGAAGAAGAAGAUUCCAGCAGCGUUGGGAUCGAUCGGGAGGGCUAAGUACAUACUCAAGAACAUGCUUUUACUAGCAGAAUUGACUGUGGACGAGUUAAAGCAGAUCUGCACCGAUGAGGACGUGGCGUUUGCAGGGAAGAAAGUUCCGGCGAUUGUUUCGAUUGCAGAGAAACGUGCGGAGAAGGCCUACGGAUCACAAAAUGAAGAAGAACAAGGUUACGCCGAGCAGCCUGACAUGGAAGAAGCGGCGACGAAAGAGAUAGAUGACGCAUCGGAUCUGGGGGAGCUGGAAUCCAUGUUUAUCGGACACCGGAAUCCGGCUCUCAACACGUGUGGAAGAUUGCCGAAGAGGAAACAUCGUAGGGGUAAGAGGACGAGGAAAGAGAAAGAGGAGAGGGCUAGACAUAACAAAGACGGGCAGUACCACCGUGAACCAAGUAAGGUCACUCCAGUAAAAGUGAGGUUGAACGAGGUUGACGAUUGGAGCAUGAACAUCUUUGGUGUAUUGGAGGAGAGGGAACGAUUGGAAUACAGGGGUUUCCAUUUAUUUACCAAGGGAGGGAACCUUUGGAGUGGAGGAUACAAAACGAUACGGAAAGCUUUCAGACUCUCGAUGGUGGAGGUGAAUGGACAACGGGUGAAGUUGUCAGCAUGCAAGCAAGUUUUCAAAGAAGGAGGCGAGGUGGAGGUGUGUUACCUUAGGCGAUGGAAGUCGAAGAUCGGUGCGGACAAUAUAUUUCUUAUAUCGUUAUUCCGGAACCCAAGGAAGCUUAAGUGCCUCGAGCAAAGAAGUUUGGAGGAGUUGAUGAGGCUGCGGAAUGCCGCUAAGGACUUUCAGAAUAAAUCAACUACAGCUUACCUUCGAAGAAUUAUUGUGCGGACGAUCAAGAACGUCUUCGGGUGGCAGGUGAAUUCAAGCUUAAUCGUACGACUUAAAUUCGACGAUCGGAUUAAGUUGGCGGAGGUAAGGAAGGUGGUGAACGACAAGAUCGAGGAGUUGGACUUACCAGUUUGUGUAAAGAAGGAAGCACGGAGUACGGUUCGAACCGUGUGGGUCAAAAGCCCAUCGGUGUCGAACCUAUUGCACAACCAGCGGCGAUAUGCCAAAGCGGAAGUGCAGACCUGCAGAUGUGCAGGGCUUCCCUAUCCUAGGAUAGGAGACCACGUGCAGUUCCGACUGCAGGAACUGAAAGGAAUCCACCCGAUGAUUGUGAAUGCAAACAAUAUCCCGAAGCCAGACCACCAAGACCGGAGACGGAUGUUACGCGAGGAGAUAGGCACAACGUUCGAAGGAUGGGCGAACAACAGAGGCGAGAAGAUAGUGGUGCAACAGAGUGAAGUGGACAGGUGUUUGAUCGGAUCAAGGGACGAGGGAACUAAGUACCUGACGACUCGGGAUGUCCAGCGAGUGAAAGUGCAACUAGAUGGGCUAGUACUUACUCCCCUGGACAGAAAUCCAGGCGAAACUCUGGUUAUGUGCCCCAAGUUGUACUAUGAAGGAAUGAUGGAUAUGUAUGUGCGGAAUGUCGGAUAUAUAGUUGAGGUGAGAUCUGAAGAAGCUAUCAAGACUCAGAUGAAGAUAGACAUCAAGCGACAACAACUGCAGCGUGACGUUAGAUGGGAUGCGAAGGGCGACUUUGGAGACGCCUACAUUCUGCCGAAGCAUAAGGACUUGAGCAGAUUUGACCAAUCUGCCCAACCUAUUCGGAGCCCACGAUUAAGGCGGGGAAGAAUAUGCCGAAGGCUCUUAACUAUCUACUGUUUACGCUGCCAUCUGACUGGCACUUCAACCUGAGAUCGGUCGCGACGGUGGCUUCGAGGAUUCAAGUCUUCAAUAAUAAACAGGGUCGCCAGUG